AUGUAAAUUGAUUUAUUGGAGUAAUAAUAAAUAGUUAAGAAAAAGAGGUCUAGGUCUUAAAAAGAUAAUGGGGAUUCUAUUCCUGCAUUUUUAUUAAAAACAUAUGAGAUAAUAGAUGUAAAAAUAAUAAGCAAAUAUUAGAAUCCUAGUAAUUAAGAUGUUAUUAGUUGGAAUGAAGAAGGAAAUGCAUUCAUAGUUAAAAAAGUUAAUGAAUUUUCAGAUGUUAUCUUACCAAGAUCUUUUAAGCAUAGUAACUUUGCAUCAUUUGUUCGACAAUUAAACAUGUAUGACUUUCACAAGACAAGACACGAUAAUAAUGAAAAUGAAUUUAAACAUAAGUUAUUUUAAAGAGGAAAGAAGUUAGAAUUUUAAAUAUACAUAGAGAAUUAUUAAGUUAAAUUAAACGAAAGACAAAUGAUUAGAAAGAACAAAAUUCUUUAACUCUCAUUAAAACUGAAAUAGUUAGAAAUGGGAAUUAGGAAAUUCCAGAAGUAUUAUUAUUUUACUUAUUAAUAGAUAUCUUAAUAAAUGUCUAAGAUGUAAAAUAAAUAGUCAGAACUUGAAAAAUUAAUGAAAAUUCUUAUUAAAUAAAAUGAGAAAAUUUUGAAAGAAAAUAAAUAUUUAUGGACUGAACUAAUGAAGAAUAAGUACAUAUUACAUUGAUAAAGAGGCAUAAAAAUGAAAAUUCUGAUGAAUAAAUAAUGAAAUGGGUUUUAUAAUCAUUACAAGGAAACAAUAAUAAAACUGGGAAACAUAAAAAUAUCUAAAAUAAUAAUCUUCUAAUGAUUAAAUAAACAAGUGAAAAUGAUGAUGAUAUUUAAAAUGAAUUUUAACACUAAAAAUUAUUUGAAAAUGAAAAAACAUCUUUUGAUUAACUUCCAUAAUAAAUACUCAAAUAAAAUUUUGAAUAAUAAAUAGAAUAAUUAUCAAAAACAUAAAUCAUUUAAAUUUUGAUGAAUGCAGUAGCUAAUAAUUAAAAAUAAGAUAAAAAAAAUGUUUUUAAAUAUGAAGAUGAUGAAGUUAGUUUUGAAGAAGAAUAUCCAAUAAAUAAAAAAGUAGAUUUAAAAAAAGAAAAUGAGGAUAAAAAGUAGGAUAAUCAAUUAAUGGUAUAUAAUGAUCCUUUUUAAUUUCAUAAAUUAGAAGAUAAUUUUAUUAUAGCAGAAUCACCUAAUUUAAGUAGAAAGAAUUCUUUUUAUGAUCAAGAUCCUAUUCCUCAAUUUUAUGAAUAUUGA